CGCGGCGCUCCUCCCCUUUUUAAAACCUCAUUUCCACUGGAGCGUUCAUGCUAUACACAUCCCUGAGGGACAUCGACAGGGCAUUUUUGUCUGAUUCAUCAGAUCAGAUGUGUUGUUUUUAGUCGAGUUGCAGUUUCAGUUUUAGAAAAAUGUCGAAUUGGGCGAAACCAGCUGCAGGUGUGCGGAGACCGUCCGGCAGUCCAAACGGAAGUGCUCAGCAGUUGCGGCUGUUCCGGAGAGCGGCUCCGUACCCGAGUAGAGAAGAAAGAACCGAGGAGCUAAAGGAUGCUCUGGACAGUUAUGAAGAACUGGAACAGCUUCAAGGUUACUCCACCAGUGUCAAGUUUGAGGCAUACAAACCUCAGCCAAGUGUCUUGAACCCGCCAGUCAAAACUGAGGUUGUCACUCCGGCAGACAGACGUAAAGCUCUGUACCAGAAGUUCUACAAGCAGGUCCAGGAGGAGAGAAAGCCAGCCGACUGUGUGGUCCUGUCCGUCACCAACAAGUUCCUGGAUUACCCCAAAUCGCUAAGCCAGUGCUUGCAGGAGCGUGGCCUGUCAGUGGAAAUGCUGUACCUUCAAGCGGAAUCGGGCCUGACCCGGGCCCUGCAGGACGUCCGAGCAGACGGCUCCCCGUUAUGUAUACUGGUGGAGCAGAAAAACGUAGCUCUGUCCUCCUGCACUGUUAUCAUAUUCUCAGAGUCCCUCAAAAUCCACCGUAACAUGCCUAAAGACCAGGCUCUGGACUUUGUCCAAGCCGAGUACAGUCGUGGACUCCACAAGGAGAGUUCACCAAGGGAUCCUGCAGACAUCGCAGCGCAGGCAUCGCAGCUGCUGGACGACUUUCUGGAUCGAGAAAAAAUUGCACGGCACACAGUUCCCUCCGAAAUCCGACAUCUCCUCUCGCUGCUAGCCGAUGGGGUGCAUCUGUAUUUGGAGGAGCUGGAAUCCAUCUCGGAGUACGUCGCUUCCCGACAGGACCAUUUGCAAGCUCUGGCCUUAGGUGAUGAGGAUGAUAAAGGGAACAUGAUACCCCCAGGAUUGGGGAAACCCCCUCCUCUGCUUCCUACUCCACCCGGCCCACCGCCUCAGUCUGCCUCAGUAGGAUCUCUUGGGGACCACUCUCCACCUGUUUCUGUAGGUCUGCUGCCGACACCAGGUCAGGACUGCAAGCAGCUACAUCCUAUUUUACUAAAUCUACAAGCAGUUACCAAUGGGCAUGGGCUGGUUUCAAAGUAUACUGUGGUUUGAAAAAGUUAGUUUCAAAACCAUGAAAAUAUUCUGUUCUGUUCCUGUGGUAUAGAAACGUUGAAGCGUGAUGUCACACAUGCAAGAUCUCGCCCCCCAGCUCCCUACUGGAGGGCAAAAAACGAUGACAACCAUUGGCUUUAGUUGUCAGGUUGUCGACAUAAGUUUUAAAUGUACUCGUAAUAUAUGAAAGAAAAACGGACACACUGUUUUGCUAUUAAAUUUCAAUAGCCGUCAUAGAGUGAGAAAAAGAGUUCAACUUUUUUUCGGCAUUAUUUUUCCCUUUGCUGUAGUGCACUGAACUGAAUUAAUGCCUACACCUCCAGGUUUCAUU